AUGACGAAGUCUGUCGCACGCACCCGAAGUCUUCCCUUUCUUCACAGGAACUGGAUUAUCGCCAUCAACUAUCUACAGUCCGCAACUGUAGGAUUCAAGUCCGACGACAGUCACUCCAAGUUAACAAACGGCCAUGACGAUCAUUACGCGCGCCCCGCAAAGCGACGUCGUUUUGCUGAGAGUUCUCCGGACUCCGGCAUAGGCCAGGAUAUUGACAGCCUCCUGCUGCCCAGUGAGCCAGGCGAGAUUCAACGCGCAGUUCGGAUCGAGGUCCUCAAGAUUGCCCACAAGGACUUGGCUCACCCAAGGCUGAACCCAGCUCUGAAUGGAACCAUUCCUCCUGCUACCAAGGAUGCCACAAGCAUCAGAGCCCGUUGCAAAAUCACAAUCACCACCGCGAGGCACACGCCUGGUGAGGUUCGCAGCCUCUAUUGUGACAGCCAAAUAUGCACCAUCAAAACUUUUCAGAAUCUGGCUGGUUUGUCCCAGAUGGCCAGAGUCUACCUGCCUCAGCCAUUUCACAUUCCCGAAGAGAAGAUCUACGUGGAGCGCGACGACGACGCAGUCUUCGACCUUGCGGACCAGUACUCAAUGUUUUUGGAACUUGAAUCAGCCGGUGACCGCAAUUGGCCACCUUUGAACCUGGUGAACACAAACUCCGACGAAGACGUGUUUCUUGCCCACUCCACAACAUCACGUCACUGGACGCUUGCGGCCGAGAUCCCAAAGAUCAUUGAUGGAGGUCGGAGGUCGGGAUUCUUGAGGCUACAUAAGGGAGCUGGUCAAGGUGCCAGAACCGAUUUUGUUCUGGACAUUGAUGUGAGAGCGACGACAGCACUCCCAGAGCGGCCUUUGUGGAACAAUCGGGAGAGGAUUUCCCCCUACUCUGCAGCCCUUGCAGAUCAGCAAGAUGAGCCCCCGCCAGUCACAAAUGGUCAUGUCAACGGAGCCCAAGUCGACGGGAACCUGUUGAACGGGAACCUGACGAAUGGGCACCCCAGCCUUGUCGAGGAUGACAUGGAGGAGGAAGCGGAAGACAAGUACGUGGAGGGUGACGACUCUUGGGUCAAAUCCCGCUUAGGGCCGCAUAACGACGAUGGGCCAGUCGUGCCGGCCCACAAAGCGUCACAGACAAGGACGGGCCAGGUGAGGCCAUCACAGAGAUCUGGAGGCCGUCGAAAGGAGAAGAAGGUUCUUGUUCCAGAAACCAAGCAGCCGCUGUUUGACUCUCUGAGCAAGGCCAAAUUGAUACCUGGUACAGAGGUUCGACAGUCUGUAGCCGAUGAUACGUGGCUCAUUCAGAAGCAUCGAGAUAUUGUCCAGGAUUUCAUUGACGUCGAUGCUGCCGAGAAAGACUACAUCAAGCAGUGGGACGCGUUCAUCCACAAGAGACACAUAAGCUCGGAUGCCUUCAUUUCACGCGCGGUGCUUGAAUUCGUGAAUGAGAAGAUGCAGUGGCUUCUCAGCUCGCAAUCUCGUAUACAGGAAUUCGGCAAACAUCUCACGGUCCUCAUCGCAAGGGGUCUAGAUGAUGACACCGUCAGGCAGGUACAAUCUCGCAUACAAGAAGCCCGGAGUCAGAAGCCGCCAGAGACAGAACAAGUGUCUUCGCAGCAGCCUCCUAAGGAGGGCCAACACCGUAGCUCCAAGGGAUGCGCGGUCUGUGGGCGGAAUGUUCGCGGCCCGCAGUUGCUUAUCUGCUCGAACGAGGACUGCAAGAAACCUCUGUAUCACGAGGACUGCGUCAAGGACAAGGCGCAGAUUCCAGUUGAGCACCAAGAUUGGCGAUGUAAUGAAUGCGCAUCUUCGCAGGCUGGCUAUGGGAGUUGA